UUUUCACGACCGUGAAGCAGCUAACUGAUUGAGGUAAGCGAUCCAUUCAAUCGUUCUUGGUCGAUAAAAUAAAUAAAUAGCUACUACUAAAACAUUUUAAAUUGACGUAAGGUAUAUACUGGAAUCUCUACCCGUACUGAAGAAUGUUCUGUUUUUGCAAUAAAAGCUUUUUAGAGUAUAUUUUCUCGGACGGGUACGCGCAUGUUGGGGUGGCUAGCUAGGCUCAUUUGCUAAAUUAGCUACUUUAGCUAGGUAACGUACCUAGACAACGAGAUAUACAAUAUUCGACGCCGUUUUCUAGGUAUUGUCGUUUUUGGUUCUAUAAAAGUUUUUUUGCCUUGGCAUUAUCAUGUUGCUGAAAUAAUAAGCUUAUCUGUGUUUUCGAAGUUUGAAUACAACCGAUUUCUGGCAAAAGUGGUUAGCUAGCAUCCUAGAUGGCUAGCCCCCAAGGCCCCAUUCUUGGUGCCCAAAACAAGUGUACAAUACUUUGUCAUGUAAACUAUGUCGCUGGUUCUGUCUCAUCAUUGAUAUUUCCCCCUCUCACCUCAGGCUUUCUACAACACUGCUUCAAGGAUGGUCAAGAUCUUCAUUGGGAACCUUCCUCGGGAGGCUGACAAGGAUGAAAUUCAGGCAUUGUUCUCCCAGUACGGUGCCGUCACAGAAUGCGCCAUCGUCAAGAAUUUUGCUUUCGUCCACAUGGAUGACCGUAAGUCUGCCACCAAAGCCAUCCGCAGCCUGCACCUCUACAAGCUGCAUGGCACGGCGAUAAACGUUGAGGCUAGUCACGGGAAGAACCAGGGAGCCAUCAAACUCCACGUAACAAACGUGGAGAAAGGCAAUGAUGAUGAGCUCCGCACCUUGUUUGAGGAGUAUGGCACAGUGUCUGAAUGUGCUAUUGUCAAAAACUUUGCAUUUGUGCACAUGGACAACUCCGAUGAGGCUUUGGAUGCCAUCAAGGGAUUAGACAACGUUGAAUUCCAGGGUAAGAUUUAUGCUGUUUAAGAAGGUUACACUUUAAAACAUUUGGCUACUACCUCUCUUCCACCUAAUCAUGUUUUUUGGCAUUUCUCCCCCUAAUAGGGAAACGUAUCCAUGUCCAGAUAUCAAAGAGCCGUCCCAGGUAUGAGGAGGAAGAAGACUACCCCCCACCCCCACCUGAGAGGGGGGGUUACUGGCCCCCCCGUGGCUACCCCGGGGAGAGGCAUGAUCCCCCACCCCCUAGCUAUCUAAGAGGUCGUCACCCACCCCCUCAUCACGGGUACCCUGCCCCCCCUCCACCACCCCCUCCCCCUAGACGAGCCCCUUACCCAGAGCGUGCUUAUGAGCGCGAGAGGCAGAGCUAUGCUGUGGUGGAUUAUUAUGAGAAAUACAGGGCUCGACCUGCCCCUUACGGCAUAAUGUCCUAUGAUGAGAGGCGUGUAGGCUCCUUACCCCCUCCUCCCCCGCCCCCCCUCUUCCAUGGUCAGGGAGCGUUUCAUGACCUCUGGCCUCGACCCAUAUGAGCGUCGCCCCCUCCAUCCUCCCCCGUCCGCGUACUACGCCAGGGACCGCAGUCCCAUUCGGAGAGCCCCUCCUCCCCCCAUGCCCCAUGCCGGUAACGGUUACUCCUACGAGCGUUCCCGACUGUCCCCCAUCUCUCGGCCCGCGAUGUACAACCUACCCCGUACCAGGGACCCCUACGCCGACAGGUUGCCACCGCCGCCAGCGACUCGCUAUUACUAA